AUGGAUGAAUACGAGUUGGAUCGUGUAGGGACGAAUAAUCCUGCCCUGUGGCCGCCGACAUCCCAAGGCACACCCGUGCAGCGCUCAAAGUCGAGGAAUUCACAAGGAACAAACGCACCACCCGGCUCCAACGAUGAUGUUAUACCAGAAGAAGAAGAAUAUCCAUCAAAAUACGAUGUCGGCUGGCGCCGCAUCAUCCGCAACUUCUCUCCCUCCUGGUUCUCCGUCACAACGGGCACAGGCGUAGUUUCCCUACUCUUCAUUUCCAUCCCCUUCCAAGCCCACUGGCUCUACUGGGUCUCCGUCUUCUUCUUCGGACUCAACACCCUCCUCUUCUCCUGCGCCCUGGCCAUCUCUGUAUUCCGAUACGUCGCGUACCCGGAGAUCUGGCCGGUCAUGAUUGCCGACAGUGCCAACUCGCUCUUCCUCGGCACGGUCCCCAUGGGCUUUUCCACGCUGAUCUCGGCGUGGUGCUCGCUGUGCAUCCCGUACUGGGGACCUUGGGCUGUCACGUUUGCGUGGGUGUGCUGGAUGAUUGAUGCGGCGGUGGCGGUGGCGGUUACGAUUUCGCUGACGGUGCUGCUGAUUUCGGCGUCGAGAAGGCAGGCGCUUGAUAAGAUUACUGCUGCGCAGCUGCUGCCUAUCUCCGCGUCGGUGGUUGCGUCUGGAGCGGGGGCGAGAGUCGCAGAGAACUUGAUGAAUCCGGAGCAUGCGCUUGGGACGAUACUGGCGUCAUAUAUCAUGUGGGGUAUGUCUGUGCCGCUGUCUUUGACGGUCAUCGUCAUGUAUUAUACUCGUUUGGCGUUGCAUAAACUGCCGCCUCGCGAGAUCAUCGUGUCGUCUUUUCUGCCGCUUGGUCCGUUGGGGUUGGGUGGUUAUGCUAUUGUACGCCUUGGAUCGACAUGUCGUCGUGUCUUUCCGCAGACUGGAUCGUUCUCCGAUAUACCGAUUGCAGGAGACGUUUUCUUCGUCAUUGGCAUAUUCACAGCGCUCAUCAUGUGGUCUUUUGGACUAACGUGGUUGUGUUUUGCCUUAGCAUCUAUAUACAAAUCUCGUCCAAUCCCGUUCUCCAUGGGAUGGUGGGGUUUCACGUUUCCUCUGGGAGUUUUCGCACUCAGCACCAUCGAACUCGGCCAUAUCAUUCCGAGUAUGUUCUUCCGGGUCUUAGGGACGAUAUUCUCAAUCGCUGUAAUCAUUCUCUGGUGUGUCGUCUUCGUUGGCACAGUCAGAGGCGCAUGGACUGGCCAUCUAUUCUACGCACCAUGUUUGAAGAACAUACCGAAGAAACAAAACACAGGAACAGAUACAGCGGAACAAGAGAUUCACGCAAACACAGCAUCACGGUAG